AUGGAAAGCGAGAAAGAUGAAGAUUAUGAAGAUGAAGAGGAACAAGAACUCUUAGAGCCUCACUCGUUUUCAAAUGUUCCAAAUAUGCCUGAAGUUUCCAUUACCGUGAUGCGUCCGUCUGGAGAAACACUUCACGCUCGCCAAGGUAUACAACAACUGGCCUCCAAGGACUGCCUAGUUUGUGGUAGAUCUUACAGAUAUUCCCAUAACGCAAGAAGACAUGAACUCACAGCACACGGCUUCGAUAGAUACACAAAUAAGAUUACAAAUUUAAGAUCUCGUGCCCACAUGCAACCUAAGUUUAGACCUAACCCGUUCAACCCGAAAGCACGCCUUAUGCCAAAUCCGAUCAGCCACAAAAUGCAAUACCAUCACACCAAGUCAAUGCCAAACAAAAUGAUACCACACAAAGUUAUAGCGCAACCAAAACCCAUACCGAUUAGAUCCUCAAAAACUCCCCAGAAUAAUUUACCAUACCCUCUUCGGAUCAAAGCUUUAAAAGACUUGCAAAUAAAGAAAAAGGAACCUCAAAUUUUGAAAACUCUUCUAACGUCUAAACCAGAAGUUUUGGUUUCCGAACCUGAGAUAAUAAAUUCGGGCCCUGAAAGUCCGGAAACGUUGAUAUCUGAACCAGAAAUAGCAUCUUUCCAAGUGGAGACUAUUCUAUCGGAGCCAGAUACUUUUGUCAAUACUAAUCAGGAAGAUGAUGACGACGAAAAUAAUCAUGGGCCAAACUAUGAUACUGUAGAUAUGGAUUCUGAGAAUGAAAUAGAAAUAGCCCGUCAGCAAGAGAAUGAUGGAGAAGUUGAGGAGAAUCCCGCAGAAGUUGAUGGAGAAGAUAAUACUCAAGAUGAAAACAAUAUAGAAGAAAAUCAUGACGAUAAUGAAAAACAUAAUCAUGAAGACAAUGGGGAGAGUCGAGAUGUCGAUAUGGAUAACAAUAUAGAUAACAAUAUAGAUGGAGACGCUGAUGAUGACAACGCCAAAGAAAAUGAUUAUGAGAAUGAAAAAGACAAUGAAAUUAUGAAUCAUGAAGAAAAUGAAGAAGAUGAUGACUUACCUCCUAUGAGUAUUGCCCCUGUCGUCGAGAUAAACGAGGAUUUGCAGACUAACUCGUAUAAUAGUGACGGUAACGAGGAAGAAUUAGACGAAACUGUUGAUCCCAAUGAUACAGUCGAUGGUGACGGUGAAGGAGAAGGUGAUGGUGAAGGUGAAGGAGAAGGCGAUGGUGAUGAAGUAAAAGAUCUUGAUCCUAACAAAGUAUACGUCACUAAAACACAACGAGAUUUUAUACUCAAGUAUCGUGACAUCAUCGAACAAAUAAACACGAAGCGUUGUUUGUGCUGUCACAAAGAACAUCCGCGUAGAAAGGCCGUCAUUCAACAUUUGCAAAAGAACGGCCAUAAAGUUCCUAAACACACGUGCUAUAAUUGCGUAGUCACGUUUGGACACAUUGGAGCCUUGCUCAGCCACAUGAGAUCUAACACGUGCACAGAUCUGUGGAAAAUUAUUUAUAACGAAAAUGGAAUUACAGAUGAUAUAGUAUUGGAAGAUGAACCCAAAGAUUCCAAAGUUCAAUAUAAAGAUAUACUUAACGCUAGAUCAUAUGCAUGCAAAUUGUGCCCAGCCAAGUUUCAACUAAAGCAAUUCAUUAUGAAACAUGUCCUUGACGUGCACGAGGAUGGCCAAUCUCGAGUUCCCCACUCGUGUGUGCACUGUGGGUUACGCUUCAAAGAUAAAAACUUCGGGAAAAGGCAUAUUCGUAAUGGAGAUUGUACCGUGUACAUCUCUUGCGAUUUAUGUUCUGAAAAGUUUUUGAACUUACAAGAUUUUAGCGAUCAUGCAAUAGCAGUACAUGCGGGUAGCUUCGAUCCCGACAACCAGAAUAAGUGUGUCGACGGCCGACCCACAGAUUGUCCCAUAUGUGGAAAGAAGAACACUAGUUACCCGAAUUUGGUGAAACAUUUGAAAUGUAUUCACAAUGAGGAAAAGCCUCACCACUGCCAACAUUGCGAAGCCAAAUUCGAGCAAACUGCUGAUCUUAACAAGCACAUUUAUAUGGAACAUUCUGAUAGGACGCUAGGUAUGCAGUCUUCUGAGCCCGACAUGUCGCUUGUUAAAGAAGAAGCUGAAGAGUACCAUUACUCGUGUACGGAAUGCAAUUCAAUUUUCGAGACUGUCGAUGCGUGGACGGACCAUCAGGUCGCUGAACAUAAUCAAGUGGCCCACCAUUGUGAUCAGUGCGAAAAGAAAUUCUUACGCCCAUCAGAACUUGCAGAGCAUAAAAAUACACAUCUAAGAGUUAAAUUCUAUCCGUGUAGUAUGUGUUCAAACUCAUACAGCACGCCGCAAAAGUUAUCAGAACACGUUCAACAGGUUCAUCCUGGUGCAGGGAAAACGCCUGGUGAUACAGAAUUUUUCUGCGAAAUUUGUGUAAGGUCAUUUAAAAGUCGACAAGCUUAUUCUAACCAUAUGCGUAUUCAUGCAAAAGUGCCUACAACUAAUAGAAAGCCUGGCGAAACUAAAGGAUUUGCGCCGCAAAUUAUAGGGAAACCCAUACGCCAGUUUUCUAUGCAACCCGGAUUUAGUCCAUACGUUCCAAACGCACCAUAUUGCUGUGAUAUUUGCGGUAAAGGAUUCAUGCACAAGAAAAAUAUAUGGAAGCACAAAAAGGUCCUACACGCUGACCUUCUUGCUGACAGAAAUGACAGUGAAGAGAACACAAUGCAGGCGUCUACUGAAGAAGACGAUUAUAAUGUUGAUGAAAACGGCGCUAUCUUGUCAACUCCGCAAUUCAACAGUUUUAAUUUCACUAAUUUAUCGAGUAACAUGCAACAAAGUUCCCAAGAUGCUUUACCAUACUCUUGCGAAUUGUGUUACAAAAGAUUCCCGUUAAGGACAAGCCUGUGGAAACACAAACGUGCCAAACAUGGAAUCAUUAACGCGAGUGCUGGCAGUAGCUCUGAAACUCAAACGCAACCGCAAGGCGAAGGUUCCAGAUCCAGUUGCACCAUAUGUAAAAUAUCAUUCACAGACAAAAAAUCAUAUUACCGUCACAGAAAAAAUGUUCACAAAUCGUCUGUACAGAUGUGUAAAAUUUGUGGAAAACCACUGAACUCGACGUUAGAGCUUUACGAGCAUCUUAAAGCAGCGCAUGCUCGGGAACUACUAGGCUAUGAUGCAAACCAAGGAUCAAGUAAAUCUCAAGAUGUAAGCCAAGAUAUGGACGCAGAAUAUGACGGCGACCAGGACUCUGUAGAUCCGAGUAUCGACUACCAGGCGCGAUACCCUUGCGAUGCUUGUGGAAAGCAAUUUGUAGGACUACUAGCCUUGCAAAACCAUCAAUGUGUUAACCAAAUUCAAAGCCAACCUCAAACUUUCGAUUGCGAAAUAUGCCAUAAGAGCUACACAUCUAUUGCUGCUCUCAAGAGCCACCGUGGGUGGCAUUUACGCUCGCCCGAUGGCAAGGCCGCAGCGAACAACACUGGGCUAUGGAUGCCUCAGAAUAAAGUUACGAGCAAAGUGAGCAAACACGAAGUAGUCGACAUUGUUCCAAAUACCCGUGCAUCGUCUACUCCAGCUGCCUUGGCUAAAAGACGACUACCACCCGAAGUAGAAGUGACCGUAGUAAAUCCUAACAAGAAACUACGGUCAGACGAUUCUAUAGAAAUGGACCAUCAAAAUAAUUUAUCUGGCGGUGCCGAAGACCGGUACUGCAAUCUCUGCGAUAAAGAAUUCACUAAGCGGGCGGCGUAUCAGCGUCACAUGGAUGAGGUUCAUCAACCGAAUUCUGUGUUCUGUCCUGUUUGCGAUAAGUCGUUUACUCGAAAAUCCACCUUGAUUGUGCAUAUGAAGAAACAUUACGAGGGCGGAGAAGGAAGUUCUGGGACCCAAAUUGAUGAUGAUGCGCACGCUUGUGAAGUUUGCGGCGCGCAGUUUGAUAGUCUGAAAGCUUUGAAUUCCCACCGAGCGAUGGAGCAUGGCGAAGAUUCCGGGGAGUCGGAAGACGAUGGCGGUACAAUAGCACCUCCAGGGGAGUUCACUUGUGCACAAUGUGGAGAUGGCGUAGCAACCCCACGCGAUCUUAUAGCUCAUCGAACCAUGCACGCGACCCCUACUAAAUUCUUUUGCAACAUAUGCAAGGUUUACUUCGCGAGAGCACUCGAUCUAUCCUCCCACACUCGAGCGAGACACUCGGAUAACGAAAAAGUUUAUUUCCCCUGCGCCAUGUGCGACCGGUUUUAUAUGAAUAAGAAGAGUUUACAAAGACACAUCGAAAUGUCCCAC